UGCACAGAAUAGUGAAUACACUGAGGUCGGUUAACACGUCAUAUGAUGAGCAAAGUCAGCAGUGCAGAACGCAUCUUUCUUUCCAUUUGAAAAGGCCUUGUACAUUAUACCAGAUCCUUUUCAUGGGACACAUGAUAUUCAGCUUUGUGGUUGACACGAAAAAUGGCGACGAGGAGAUAGAGAGGUCGCGAAAAGAGAUUUUUAGAACAGCUGUUUGACAAAUAGACUUCACUAAAGUGCACCCAUCUCAUAUCCGAGUUUGGAAGAAGCGUUACGUUGAGAAACAGAAGAUGUAGAUGCGUUUUUGAAGAGGUGACGGUAUAUCGUAUGUAGAAUUUAUAGGCAACAGGUGUGUCUUCAUUGCACAAGAUGACACCGGGGAUUCGAUUCUAGGAAUACGGCUUGUCAGUUAUCAGGAGUUUAAAUCACACAACGUACAGACAUCUAGUCAUAGGAACUACAAAGCACAGAUUUUAGAAAUGAAGCCCGGUGUGGUAAUUCUUAACGUAUGUGUUUUGGUGGCGCUGUGUGGGGAAAGCAUAUGUAUCCCUUCAUCACGAGUGGGCGACAAAGAGAAAAAAGUUGUAAACACACUGGAAAAAAUCCUCCUUCAUCUGAACUCGGGAACUAAUUCUGACGUUUCAACGGGUAAACGGUCCGAUGAAAACACAGCUAAGCUAAAGAAGGCGGAAAAAGAACUGAGUGAAUUAUUGGCAGACGACAAAGCUGUAGCAGACGACAAGUCCCAAAAGCUGAACACUGCAGACGAGAGUGAAAAGACGGACAAACUGUCACUUGAUUUUGACAAUAUUGCUCAGGAUAAGGACAUAACCUUUAAAGAUGUUCGUCUCAAUACGAAAGCUGAUAUUGAAAUGUCGGGAAAGGAAAAGGCGGCAUUUCUCAGUGACUUGGAGGAGUACCUGCACGGGCAGACGCUAGAGCAGCGUAUGAAGGUAUGGGAGGGGAUGGCCAACCUCCGGGAUAAGAUGCUGGAGAAAAAAGGCGGAGUAGUAAAGAAACAGCUUAGCACAUUCAACAUUGAGGAUAACGAUCUCUUCGAGGGCGACAUCGUGCUCGACACUAAAGAUAUCAAUGAUAUAGAAGACAAUCUAGAGCAAGAAAAGCUUGCAGAAGACCCCAAUGCUAUAUUGAAGACAAAAGUCAGAGCACUGGUGAAAAAACUUACGAGCGAUGACUUAAAUGACAAGGAAGAAAAGCUGCUGCAAAGCUUACGCGAAGCAGAAAAACACACCCACUCGGAAAAAUACAAAGACGCUGCAAGAAAACGGGACUUUCUGGAUGACGAUGUUACGGAAGAGGACGCUUUGGCGGACACUUUAGAAACCGUUUUAUUGUCAACUGCAAAAUUUAUGGACGCUAGAGAUGAGCGCGCAGCAGACGAUAUUGACAAAAAGAUGUACCCCGAGGAAAAAUGGGAUAUGCCAAUACGAUAUCGUUUUGACGGGACCCAUAACGAAAAAGAACAGCAUAUUAUCCACCUGGGCAUCCAACUUUGGGAAAACAACACGUGUGUACGGUUCAAGUUUGAAGAAGGCACUGAUCAUAUACCGGGGGACAAUAUAAGGUUUCACAAGGGAAAGGGGUGCUCAUCAUCGGUUGGUGAAAAAUCGGGAAGUAACCACAUUACACUGGGCGAAGGAUGCUUCUUGCCGGCGAGAGUUGCCCACGAGAUCGGCCACACCCUGGGGUUCUGGCACGAGCAGAGUCGCCCCGACAGGGACAAAUACGUUUCCGUCAACACGGACAUCCUGAAGGACGACAAGUACGAGAUCAACUUCCUAAAAAUGUCCUGGAAGAUGGAAGACCCGAAGGGUGUCGAGUACGACAUGUCGUCUGUCAUGCAUUACGGUGGAAAUUACUUUAUAAAGCCCGGUGCUCGAGGCUUUACCCUGGUAACCAAGAACCCGGAUAUGCAGAAAGUGAUUGGUCAGCGGUUUUACCUAUCCUUCCUGGAUGUAAAGGCAGUAAACUACCGAUACUGCUCAGACACGUGCAGUACUCCCAGUCUGAUAUGGGACAAGUGUGAGCACGAGGGCUACCGUGACCCAAAGAACUGUGACCAGUGCAGAUGUCCGCAGGGAUGGACUGGAAAGUACUGCCAGGACGUGGACAGCGGCUCAUGCUCUGACACUUCAUUGAUUGCUACAACAGAACCCAAGUUUCUGACGUCCCCUGGGUAUCACGACAGCGGCUAUUCUAAAGGGCAGUACUGUGCCUGGUUGAUUACGGCUCCAGAAGGCAUGCGCGUGACCGCCAAGUUUGUUGGAGAUUUCGCUGUCCGCUCUGACUCCAACCUGAGCUGCGAACACCCUUUCUGCCAGGACUGGGUGGAGGUGAGAUACCUGUCUCUGGCGCAGACAGGACCAAGGUUCUGCUGUAACGAGGCCCCCGAACACAGCUUCCGGUCAGCUGGCAACCAAAUGAUGGUGGUAUUCAAAUCAUUCCUGGGCGACAACAUCAAAGGUUUCAAAUUGGAAUACAAAGCAGAAAGAUGUGGUGGGUGUGGUGAGGAGAAAAAAGACCUGGAAAAAACGUGUAGCAAGAUCGUGAAACACGACUGCUCUGGAGUUUAUUAUGUGAAGUGUGGGCUGCUACACUGGGCUAGAUGUAGCCGAAAAAGGCUGGAUUACUGUUACAAGGAACAUGAAUUUUGUUGUGAAGGAUACAAGAAAGUUGGAUCACAUUGUAUCAGCGAUGAUGCCAGAUUAGAACUGAAUGAACUAAUGAAAAAAAUUGAUUAACCCAUUAACCACUUUAAGACUUAACCAGUAUCCUAUGUCCAGUAUCCGAAGGGUUUGGGUGUUGGUGAGCACGACUUAAGAGUCACAGUUAGUUAUUACAUUCAGAAUGCUUUUGAUGUUACAACGUAAUUCUGGGACCGAAGGGAAGGAUUCUACAAACAUACACGUCUUUGUCAAAUUGCGAAACCGUGCACCCCCACCAAGAAGGGGCGUCCGCACCCUAUUGAACCUAAUGGUAUUCGGACCUUAAAUUAAUUACUUCGAUUAAAACCUACUUAUAUAUUUGGCAUUGUCAAGGGAUGAAAACAAAGUAUCCAGAUGUCAAUUAAUUCGCGUUUAUAGUUUGGUAUAAAGGCUUUUUCGAAUAUGACAUAUUGAACGAACAAAAUAUAUUCAGAAAGGCACUGAUUGCAUUUAAAUAUGUAUUAGAUCUAGGAGAAAAGGCACAAGGUACAUAAUAUAAGAUUGAUAUAUUCGGUCACGCAAACGGACAAAAGGUGGCGGUUCAAUCGUUUUAUGAUUAUUCCCGAUACAGACUGGGCAUGUGCAAUAGUUUAACGUAAUUAUAAACUCAUGCAGACACCUAAUAUAGAGAGAAUGAAAUAGAAUAAACGUAAAUAAAACAACAUAAAACAAG